CGCGCCGUCGGCCGCCGCUCCCCCGCUUCCUCCAGCUGAAUUGCCGCUGCAGUUCCAAGCCCGGACGUUUCGAGAUAAUUUUAGUUCCGGCAGGACGGAGCGGGACUGCGGUAGAAACUGGACGUCUCCGGAAAAAUCCGGAGGUACAGUCUACUCUGCAGUAUAAAGGCAUUAUGUACUCAGAGUGGAGGUCUCUACACCUUGUAAUUCAAAAUGAUAAAGGUCAUACUAGCGUACUUCAUAGUUAUCCUGACAAUGUGGGAAGAGAGGUGGCAAAUGCUGUUGUUCGUCCCCUUGGCCAAAUCUUGAAUUCAUCAUCAACGGCUGGAAAUGAAAGUUUACUAAAAACCGACAAAGAAGUAAAAUGGACAAUGGAGGUGGUUUGCUAUGGGCUCACUCUCCCUUUGGAUGGUGAGACAGUGAAACACUGUGUUGAUGUAUAUACAGAUUGGAUUAUGGCUCUGGUUUUACCUAAGGAUACAAUUCCUCCACCUGUUAUUAAAGAGCCAAAUCUUUAUGUUCAGAGCAUUCUCAAACAUCUACAGAACCUCUUUGUACCUAGGCAGGAUCAAGGUUCCAGUCAGAUUAAAUUGUGUUUGCAAGUUUUGAAAGCUGUCCAGAAAUUGGCUCAUGAAUCAACCAUUAUGGCUAGAGAAACAUGGGAAGUUUUAUUAUUGUUUCUACUACAGAUUAAUGAUACUCUGCUGGCACCUCCAACAGUACAAGGUGGUAUUGCUGAGAAUCUGGCUGAAAAACUGAUUGGUGUGUUGUUUGAAGUCUGGUUGCUAGCCUGUUCUCGGUGUUUUCCCACACCACCUUAUUGGAAAACUGCCAAAGAGAUGGUAGCAAAUUGGAGGCAUCAUUCUGCAGUGGUAGAACAGUGGAGUAAAGUUAUCUGUGCACUUACUGCUAGAUUGUUGCGUUUUACAUAUGGACCUUCAUUUCCACCUUUUAAAAUUCCUGAUGAAGAUGCAAAUUUGAUACCUCCUGAAAUGGAUAAUGAAUGUGUUGCCCAGACCUGGUUUCGCUUUUUACAUAUGCUGAGCAAUCCUGUGGAUUUGAGUAAUCCAGCGGUAAUAAGCUCUACCCCCAAAUUUCAGGAACAGUUUCUAAAUGUGAGUGGAAUGGCUCAGGAAUUGAAUCAGUAUCCCUGCCUUAAACAUCUGCCUCAAAUAUUCUUUCGUGCUAUGCGUGGGAUCAGUUGCUUAGUGGAUGCAUUUCUAGGUAUUUCAAGGCCUCGCGCUGAUAGUGCUCCACCUACACCAGUAAAUAGAUUGAGCAUGCCCCAAACUGCAGCUGUUAAUACAACCCCACCUCAUAAUCGGAGACAUCGUGCUGUAACUGUGAAUAAGCCAACAAUGAAAAACAGCACAGCUAACACUGCUCAUGCUUCCAAACACCAGCCAUCUUCUACUUCUCCACUGUCUAGCCCAAACCAGACUAGUUCUGAACCUCGACCGUUACCUGCCCCUCACAGGCCAAAAGUUAAUAGUAUCUUGAACCUCUUUGGAUCGUGGCUGUUUGAUGCAGCCUUUGUUCAUUGUAAGCUUCAUAAUGGAAUAAACAGAGACAGCAGUAUGACUGCUAUAGCAACACAAGCUAAUAUGGAGUUUCGCCGGAAAGGUUCACAAAUGUCUGCAGAGACUAUGGCUUCCAAUCCUAUAUUUGAUGCAGGUGAAUUUUCUGACAACUAUGAAUCUGGCAGAGCAGAGGCAUGUGGAACACUUUGUAGAAUAUUUUGUAGCAAGAAAACCGGAGAAGAUAUACUGCCAGCCUACUUAUCCCGGUUUUACAUGCUUUUAAUUCAGGGACUGCAGAUAGCUGAUUCUGUUUGUCACCCAGUUCUGGCUAGUGUCAUCUUAAACUCCCCUGCCUUGUUCUGCUGUGACCUGAAGGGGAUUGAUGUCUUGGUUCCUUACUUCAUUUCAGCACUUGAAACUAUCUUACCUGACAGGGAACUCUCAAAAUUUAAAACAUAUGUGAAUCCUACGGAACUAAGAAGGGCCUCUAUCAAUAUUUUAUUCUCCUUGUUACCUCUUCCUCAUCAUUUUGGAACAAUCAAAUCAGAGGUUGUUCUGGAAGGAAAAUUCAGCAAUGAUGAAAGUUCAUCCUAUGAUAAACCAGUAACCUUCCUUUCUUUGAAGCUGAGACUUGUGAAUAUAUUGAUUGGAGCACUCCAGACAGAAACAGACCCCAACAACACACAGAUGAUACUAGGUGCGAUGUUAAACAUUGUGCAAGAUUCAGCACUUCUAGAAGCCAUUGGUUGCCAGAUGGAAACGAAUGGUGGUGAGAAUAUUGUCCUGAAAAGCCACAGUCGCACUAACAGUGGCAUUAGCACGGCAAGUGGAGGAAGCACAGAACCAACAACUCCUGACAGUGAGCGACCUGCACAAGCUCUGCUAAGGGAUUAUGCUCUUCAUACAGAUACUGCAGCUGGACUCCUGAUCCGCAGCAUUCAUUUGGUAACCCAAAGGCUCAACGCCCAGUGGAGACAGGAAAUGAGCAUCUCGCUGGCUGCAUUAGAGCUACUCUCGGGUCUGGCAAAGGUGAAGGUUGGCGUUGACUCUUCUGAUAGGAAGAGAGCAAUUAGCUCUGUGUGCUGUUACAUUGUGUAUCAGUGUAGUCGUCCAGCUCCUCUCCAUUCUAGAGAUCUCCAUUCCAUGAUAGUAGCAGCAUUUCAGUGUCUGUGUGUCUGGCUCACUGAACAUCCAGACAUCCUUGAUGAAAAGGAUUGUUUAAAAGAAGUAUUGGAGAUUGUGGAACUGGGCAUUUCAGGAAGUAAAUCCAGAAGUAGUGAACAAGAAGUUAAGUACAAAGGAGAUAAGGAGCCAAAUCCUGCUUCCAUGAGAGUGAAGGAUGCAGCUGAAGCUACCCUCACAUGCAUCAUGCAAGUUCUUGGAGCUUUUCCUUCACCCAGUGGUCCUGCUUCCCCUUGCAGCUUAGUAAAUGAGAUCACCUUAAUCAAAUAUGCUCGUCUGCCUUCUAUAAACAAAUACAGCUUCCGCUACUUUGUCCUGGAUAACAGUGUCAUCCUUGCAAUGUUAGAGCAGCCUUUAGGGAAUGAGCAAAAUGACUUUUUUCCUUCAGUCACCAUUCUGAUCCGUGGGAUGUCCGGAAGACAUGCAUGGGCACAACAACUUUGCCUUUUGCCAAGAGGAGCCAAAUCAAAUCAAAAGUUGUUUGUCCCAGAACCUCGUCCUGCACCUAAAAAUGAUGUUGGAUUCAAAUAUAGUGUGAAGCACCGGCCAUUUCCUGAGGAAGUGGACAAAAUUCCUUUUGUGAAAGCAGACCUGAGCAUUCCAGACUUGCAUGAGAUAGUUACUGAGGAACUGGAAGAACGUCAUGAGAAGCUGAGAAGUGGAAUGGAUCAGCAAGUUCUUUAUGAGAAAUGUAUAGAUCAGCAAAUGGAAGAAGAAUGGAGGACGAAAAACUUCCCUGAUCCAGUGACAGAGUGUAAGCCACCACCUCCUGCACAGGAGUUCCAGACAGCACGCCUCUUCCUUUCUCACUUUGGAUUUCUAUCACUAGAAGCAUUGAAGGUGACUGAAAAUUUGAUAUUGUCUAGUUUGCUUCAAACACAAUCAUUAGUAAGCAAUACAG